UUCACUUUAAUGUAUUGUCCUUAACUUAGUUUUACUGAUUAUUUUUUAUGUUUUGAUAUACUUUAGUUUCUGAGUUUAAAACGAAAGACUCUGAUCAGAGAGAAAUGUCUGGAACUGACGGGGAACAAAACAGUUCCGAUGUACGUAAUUCAAAGGAACGUUGUAAAAGACGAAGAACCAAAACUCUCUGAAAAUGGAAUUACAGACAACACAAUUGAAGGAAUUUUCCAUGAAUCCGAAGAUACAGAAGAGUCUCCUAUUAAGAACAUUCCAAAGGCUUCUUUGUCUCCAGCGGAAAUCACUACAAUUGUAAAUGAAGGCUAUACAUUUCGACCGUUAUAUAGAGCAUUCUUGAAACUCGAGAAAUAUUCGUUAGUUUCAGAAAUUAUAUAUGAGGAAGAGGAGCCUGACUCUGCAGACGAUUUGUCGGAAAGUGAAUAUAACAUCGAAUCAGAUAUGAUCUCGAGUGAAGAUGACGUUUCUGACAACGAGAAUACAGACGAAAUAUUUGAAGAAUAUAAUGUCGAACGAAAUGUAUUAAUAACACCUCAACACGAAUUAUGUGUUUGUGAGUCACUACCAAUCAGUUCACAAUUAACUGGUUCUCAAAUUGAACAAUGCAAUUCAAAUUUAAUGACAAAAAUGGACGAAAUGUCUACCGUUUGUAAUGAAUUGGCUGUCACAGAGUGCAAAGAAUAUGUGGAUGAAUUUUCUACAUUCAAUGAAUCUAGAAAAAUACUUGAAGAAGAAAUGCUUCAAUUAUUAUCUGAAACGAGCCAAGAAAUAUUAGAAAAUGAUUUUAAAGAAAUUCAGCUCAAUAAAAGUGAAUUUGAAUUAAAUAGAAAUGUUUCACGGCUUGAUGAAAAUGUCUGCGAUGAUGCAAUUGGAUUAAAAGGAUUUAAAGAAGAAAAUAAUAAAAAUAAAGACGAAAACAAUGAAAGACAAAUGGUUAACAAAUUAACCGAUUUCAUGCUAAUUAAAAACGAUGUUCUUCCCAGUUCAGACGUGGAAGAAUCCUGUGCAGAAACAGAAAAAGAAGACGUAAACUGUUUGAAUGUCUUCGGAUAUUUACUUCGUAGACUCCGAGGAUUAUUUUUUCCUUGCCUACAUUCAAAGAAGUAACGUAUUUGGCAGUGAAAAGAUCAUAUGGAUUGAAAAUCUUUAUAAUUUGCAGUCCAGUAAUUUAUAUACGUGAUUACAAUAUCAAUAUUGUAAUUUUCGUUGGAA